UCUAUGGGUUUGGGGGAGAGUUAGAACCCCUUAGGUAUGAGAUAAAAACAGUGCCAAAUAAAUGUGACGUUGCAAACAUAAGUGACAUGAAACAUUAACAAACCCGACCCGUUAUGAGUCAACCUCAACCUUAAAUUCUAUUUCAAUUAUCCGAAUUGACACCUCUAGUAGGCUAGAAUCCUAGAUAUGAUGGUGGAAGAAAACGAAGCCACGACGCCUCCCUAUCACCCUUAGCUUCAUUCGCACACAUCGUAUCGAUUUAUCAACCCCAACACUUAUUCUUCUGAAUCAAUGCAUCGUAAACAAACCCAUGUCAUCUCACUCGAAACUACUUCUUUCUUCCAACGAACACCAGAAAACAUAACAUCACACCACACAAACGAAAUCACAAAUCAACAUUUCAAUUCUCGAGCUCUGAUCAUCAAUGGCGGAUCAUUACAGAAUCCUAGGAAUCACAAAAAAUGCUUCAAAAUCAGAAAUUAAAGAUGCUUUUCGUAAAUUAGCGGUUCAAUUUCACCCUGAUAAACACGCACAAUCCUCAAAGUCUGCUAAAGAUGCUGCAACUCUUAAAUUCAAGCAGGUUUCUGAAGCUUACAAGGUUUUAAUUGAUGAUCGAAAGCGUGCUGCUUAUAAUAUAAGCAGAUACAGCAGUGGCGAAAGUAGCAAUUUUUAUAAUAAUAAUAACAGCAGUUACAAUGCUGGUUACUGUCGUCGCGGUGGUUCUUAUUAUCGACCGCCACCAUCUUCGUCGUCUGGAGCUAACCGCUUUGCGACGAAUUUAGAUGCCGUUUUUCGAUAUAUGACGACUCGUUCUUUCCUUCUUCAUCUUGCCUUUGCUGGUAUAUUACUAGGUGGGACAGUAGUCAUUGACAUGAGUGGAGAAGCUCUGUGGAAGAUGCAAAAUCCUGGGAAGUCAUUUGAAGAAGCAAUGAAGUCUAUUGAGAAGAACAGAGGGAAGGAGGAUUAGCAAUUGGUAAUUGAUACUCUUAUUGACAAUUAAUAGCUUCUUCAAGUAGAAUAGAAGCAACAUUGGUGCGGACUGUGCAGCUGGUAUGGAUCUUGUGGAUGUCAAAAUAUGUACAAUCUUAACUUGAAUAGGCAACGAAGUCAAUACUAGCGGAAGCUAUAGAGGUGGUUGUAAGUUGUUUCAGUCAAUUGUUUAAUUUUUUCCUAAAUAAGGUAUGGGAAUCAGUCAAUUGUAUAAUUGUAUGUUAGUAUGUAAAAAUAACCUAAUAUGUACAAAUCUAAUGUGUAUCACACCCUAUAUAUGACAGUAGUUGUUUAGUUGACAGCAAAAAGUUGAAUAGGCAAUGAAGUUUAGUUGUUUAA